GUUGGAAAUGUCUGCUGUCAUACUAACCACAUUUUGUUAGAAUGAAGUUGUCAGUUAUCCUAAAUUGUCUCCUUUGUCAUAUUGGAAGAGGGAGAAAGCUGAUUUUUCUCUCUUUCCCCAAGGGAAGAGGUUCGCCCAUUAAAAUCAGUUAUUAGAGCGCCACUGUCCAAACCUACCAUUGUCACCUCCAACAUUACUGCAGUGGAGACCAAGGACUUCUCAAUGACAUGCCAGGCUACAGGUCAAAUUCACGCUUACCGGUGGUUCAUAAAUGGAGUUGCCCCAGCUGGUAGCAGGAUACAGCUGUCCCCGGAUAAGAAGAUACUCACUAUCCCCAAUCUCACAAGAAGGGAUAACAAAGGGCCAUAUGUGUGUGAAAUCGAGAACCCAUUGUUUAGCAAUAGGAGUGAUCCAUUCACACUGGAUGUUGCCUAUGGCCCAGAUAUCGCCAUGAUUGUCCGUACACAGGAUGUGUACCCUACUGGGGCAAAUAUUACCUUGAGCUGUUCUGCUAUUUCUAACCCACCAGUACAAUUCACUUGGUUACAGAAUGGACAACCAGUCAGCAACUCAGCCACAUUUUCUUUUAUUGCAUCCCUGAAUCAUGCUGGAACCUAUACCUGUAUUGCAUCUAACUCAUUCACUGGCUUGGCACGCACUGCAAACAAGACUCUUAUAAUCUAUGCGCCACUGUCCAAACCCACCAUUCUCACCUCCAACAGGACUGCAGUGGAGACCAAGGACUUCUCAUUGACAUGCCAGGGUACAGGUCAAAUUCACGCUUACCGGUGGUUCAUAAAUGGACUUGCCCCAUCUGGUAGCAGGAUACAGCUGUCCCCGGAUAAGAAGAUACUCACUAUCGGCAAUCUUACAAGAAGGGAAAAUAAAGGACCCUAUGUGUGUGAAAUUGAGAACCCAUUGUUUAGAAAUAGGAGUGAUCCAUUCACACUGAAUGUUACCUAUGGCCCAGAUAUUGCCACGAUUGCCCAUUCAGUAGAUGAGUACCCUAUUGGAGCAAAUAUUACCUUGAGCUGUUCUGCUGUUUCUAAUCCACCAGUCCAAUUCACUUGGUUGCACAACGGACAACCAGUCAGCAACUCAGCCACAUUUUCAUUUAUUGCAUCCAUGACUCUUUCUGGAACUUAUACCUGUAAUGCAGCCAACUCAUUGACUGGCUUGACACGCUCCGCAACCAAGAAUGUUAUAAUCUAUGCGCCACUGUCCAAACCUACCAUUGUCACCUCCAACAUUACUGCAGUGGAGACCAAGGACUUCUCAUUCACAUGCCAGGCUACAGGUCAAAUUCACACUUACCGGUGGUUCAUAAAUGGACUUGCCCCAUCUGGUAGCAGGAUACAGCUGUCCCCGGAUAAGAGGACACUCACUAUCCGCAAUCUCAUAAGAAUGGAAAACAAAGGACCCUAUGAGUGUGAAAUCCAGAACCCAUUUUAUAGUAAUAGGAGUGAUCCAUUCACACUGGACGUUGCCUAUGGACCAGAUACUGCCACGAUUGUCCGUACAGUUGAUGAGUACCCUAUUGGGGCAAAUAUUACCUUGAGCUGUUCUUCUAAAUCAAACCCACCAGUCCAAUUCACUUGGUUACACAAUGGGCAACCUGUCAGCAACUCUGCCACAUUUUCUUUUACUGCAUCCCUGAGUCUUGCUGGAACUUAUACCUGUAGUGCGGCCAACUCAUUCACUGGUUUGACGCGCACCGCAACCAAGAAUGUUAUAAUCUAUGCGCCUCUGUCCACACCUAUCAUUGUCACCUCCAACAAUACUGCAGUGGAGACCAAGGACUUCUCAUUCACAUGCCAGGCUACAGGUCAAAUUCACACUUACAGGUGGUUCAUAAACGGACUUGCCCCAGCUGGUAGCAGGAUACAACUGUCCCCGGAUAAGAGCACACUCACUAUCCGCAGGCUCACAAGAAGGGAAAACAAAGGACCCUAUGUGUGUGAAGUCAAGAACCCAUUUUAUAGCAAUAGGAGUGAUCCAUUCACACUGGACGUUACCUAUGGCCCAGAUACCGCCACGAUUGUCCAUACAGUUGACGAGUACCCUAUUGGGGCAAAUAUUACCUUGAGCUGUUCUGCUACAUCAAACCCACCAGUCCAAUUCACUUGGUUACAGAAUGGACAACCUGUCAGCAACUCAGCCACAUUUUCUUUUAUUGCAUCCCUGAGUCUUGCUGGAACUUAUACCUGUAGUGCGGCCAACUCAUUCACUGGCUUGACGCGCACCGCAACCAAGAAUGUUAUAAUCUAUGCGCCACUGUCCAAACCUACCAUCAGCACCUCCAACAUUGCCCCAGUGGAGAACAAGGACUUCUCAAUGACAUGCCAGGCUACGGGUCAAAAUCACACUUACCGGUGGUUCAUAAACAAUCGUGCCCCAUCUGGUAGCAGGCUACAACUGUCCCCGGAUAAGAGGACAUUCACUAUCCGCAGUGUCACAAGAAGGGAAAACAAAGGGCCGUAUGUGUGUGAAAUCAAGAACCCAUUUUAUAGCAAUAGGAGUGAUCCCUUAACACUGAAUGUUACCUAUGGACCAGAUACCCCCGUAAUCGUCCCUACAAUUGAUGCGUACCCUAUUGGGGCAAAUAUUACAUUGCUUUGUUCUGCUGUAUCUAACCCACCAGCCCAAUUUAAUUGGUUAUACAAUGGACAACAGGUCAGCAACUCAGCCACAUUCUCUACUAUAACAUUCCUGAGUCAGUCUGGAACCUAUACCUGUCAUGCAUCUAAUUCAUUCACUGGCUUGCAGGCCACCAAAGACAUGAAUAUUACAAUCUAUGGGCCACUGUCCAGACCUAUCAUCAACAGCCCCAACAGGAUCCCAGUGGAGAACAUUGACACUGUCUCAUUGACCUGCAACGCUACGGGUCAAGUUCGCACUUACCAGUGGUUCAUAAACAAUCGUGCCCCAACUGAUAACAGGAUACAGCUGACCAGAGAUAAGAGGACACUCACUGUAGGCAGUCUCACAAGGGAACAUGAAGGAUCCUAUGUGUGUGAAAUCAAGAACCCAUUUUAUAGCAAUAGGAGUGAUCCAUUCACACUGAAUGUUUACUAUGGGCCAGAUAAUGCCAUAAUUCUACCUAAAGUCGAUAGGUACCUUGUUGGGACAAAUAUUACCCUGAGCUGUUCUGCUAAAUCUAAACCACCUGCCAAAUUCAUUUGGUUUCAUAAAGGAAAAAAAUGGAGGCCCUCAGCGAAACUCUCUCUUACUAAUGUGUCCCUGAAGCAUGCUGGAACCUAUAUCUGUCAGGCAUUUAACUCACAUACUGGCUUGAAUAGCAUCAAAGACAAGAAUCUUACAAUCUAUGUCGAAGAAAAGAAUUUUACAGACUCUGAAGAAAAGAACGUUAAAAUCAAUGCUGAGUUUACAAUGUAUGAGAACCUGUUGAGUCCCAGCAAAAUCAACAACACUGGUUUUGUCAUAGAGAAUGGCACCGCGAUCUUGACGUGCAACACAGAGGGUUACGAUUUACCAGAUAUUUGGUGGUACUACAAGAAUAAGAGAAUGGUCCUCAAUGACAGGAUGACUCUCUCUAACUUUGACCAGACCCUCACCAUAACGCCUGCAAAGAGAGAAGACAGUGGAGCCUAUCGUUGUGAAAUAUGGGAUCCAUUCCUUGUCUAUAGAAGUCCCUUAUUCAACCUGGUUGUCUGCUAUGGACCAGAGAAAAUCAAGAUUUUUCCAAACUCUGUUAAUGGACAGAUUGAGGUCACAUUAAAGGAGAAUCUGACUUUAGGGUGUCAGGCUACUUCUGAACCACCGGCCCAGUAUACAUGGCAAAUCAAUGGUUCUUCUAUAGCUGUAAAUUCAGGAAAUAAUUACACGAUCUACCGAGCAUCUUGGGAUCAUGCAGGAACAUAUACGUGUAUAGCAAUAAACGACGUGGUAAAUGCAACAAUCUCUAAAAACAUCAGAGUCAGGGUGAUUGAAAAGGAGGCUCAUACACUCUCUGGAGGGGCCAUUAUUGGCCUUGUGAUUGGAUUCCUGGCUGUAGUGGUUCUCAUCGGGGCUCUCGUCUAUUUCCUGUUCAUCAGAACAUCUUCAGGACCCCAAUAUUUCUAUCAAUAGCACCAGCAACAUCAUAGACAAUGGCACCGCGGCCUUGACGCACAACACAGAGAAUGAAUAUUUGAAUAUAGCCAGAGAGAAUGCUGGCACCUGAGAAAUGGAUCAUCUUUUUGUAGAGCAACCAGGAGGCCAGUGUUAUCAAAGGGAAUAGUUCACUGGCUGGGCUAUGGGAAAGAAGAUAUUCCAAAAUGAAUGGUGUGAAAGCAAAAGGCAUCAAUAAAAAUAUCAAAAAUUAUUCAAAAAAAAAAAAGAAACUGUCCAGGUGGAGACAUCCAAGUGGAUUCAAGGGACAAGAAGAGCUGAGCACAGAGAUCAGGACUAGAGAUUUUGAUUCAAAGGAGAGAUGCUACAGGGGAUUUUUUCAGGCCAGACUAAGCUGCCUGUCCCUUCUCCCAGUCUUGGCAGCCUGUUCAGAGUAGUUAGCACUGGUAUAAUGAGGGCAGAGGGGCACACUGUGUGCCCCCAUCUAUACAACACCUGCUUUACAUGCACCUUUGUUUCCCCACCUUGGCUAUUGAGCAGAAAUGACAAAUCCAUCUUCUUCUUA